AUGAAGACAAAAAAAUCUCGGUCUUCCAUCCUUGAUGUUGCCCUCGAGUCCGCCGAGAAGAACCUAGAUGCGAGUCGAUGGGGAAGGGUAGGCUUCGGAAGUAAGGUUAUUGUGUUGUUUGGUGGAGCAUGGAUAAUGGGCGAAAGGUCUACUCGGGUCGUGAUGGGAGCCGGCUUAGUUGUGUUAAAAUCGAACGAUAAUGAAGAAUGGAGAAGGAAAGGAGUGAUGACCUUGCUUGGGUUGGGUUGUAGUGGCUACGGGAGUGGAGCUAAAGAAUGGGAAAGUAUGGCUUUUAGCGACGGUCAUCCGGUGGCUAAUGUUGGUGAGAGGCUAUGGGUUUGUGGGUGUGGCUCUUGUGAUGAAGUUUUACAGCGAGUAGAGAUGACCGUAGAGAGGUUAUGA